CUUUGCGGGCGCGCAUACACAGAGGAAGUGAAUGAGAGUUUUGUCGAAACUAACUUGUGGAUUUCUGUAGAAUUGAGACAUUUUAGAUUCACUAUAAUCUUUAAUAAAAGAGUUAUAUAGUCAAAAUUUGAAAGCUCGGGAAAGGAUCGUAUUGAAUAUGGCAGAUGAAGCACCCCCAGCACCACCAAUGAGGUCGACAUCGCAUAAAGAUGCAUUAUCGCCGGCCUCUUCCAAACCUCUUCCGAGCACUCCUAGUGAAGGCGAAAAUCUUAGUUUGAAGAAGAAAAAGAAAGCAACGUUUACAUUCUUCCCGAACAAAGGAGAUGAUGAAAAGAAAUAUAACAAGAAAAAGCCUGAAAUUUCAUAUCCUACGAAGUUUGAACACACGAUUCACGUUGGUUUUGAUCCUGUAACUGGCGAAUUUACGGGAAUGCCAGAAUCCUGGACACAUCUUUUACAAACUUCAAAUAUUUCUAAAAAAGAACAGCAACAGAAUCCUCAAGCAAUUUUAGAUGUAUUAAAUUUUUAUGACAGUACUAACAAAGAAACAGAACCUGCAAAGUUUAUGCAAGUUUCCAAGCCAUAUAACAUUUCAUCAUUUUCGUCCUCCUCGUCGUCAUCAUCAUCAUCAACGUCGUCUUCGAGUACUGGUCAUAUUUCACCAGUCAAUGAUAAAGCUGCUAAACCUAACAUAAAGUCUGCUCGAAUCACUAAAUCACACUCAUUCAAGUCAAGACUUAAACUCAUUAAAACUGAAAGCAAAGCUCAAAAACUAAACGGACUUGAUAAGACACUAAAUGGUAACCAUCCACUAACUCCGAGUAAAUCAUUACCAGAUGUUGUGCGAAAUAAUAGUAGAAAGUGUAAGACUCCAACGCCAGGUAAACAGUUGACUCAUCCAUAUUCUCGGCCUCGUACUGGCUCGCUUGACGCAGGCUUGUGUGCUGUGAAAGAUCAACCAUACCCUCCUGGAUCAACAAAUAACUAUUCUCAAAUGGCAGUUUCACCAAAUGCAAAAGAUGAUGGUAAAAGUGGGAGAAGUGAGAAUCAUAUAUCACCACCAACCAGCGAACCCGAGAAGCCGCCAACUGUACCAUCUCGACCAGAAAUCACGAAAUCAAAGUAUAUUCCGAAUGAACCAGUCAAGCCGACAGGAAAACCAGAUGAAAAAGAAGGACAGAACGAUAAGAACGCUCAAGCAAAACAGAAGAAGAAGAAAAUGACAGACGAGGAAAUUCUUUCCCGACUAAGAACAAUCGUUACCGUAAGAGACCCUAAGAAGAAGUAUACCAAAUUUGUAAAAAUCGGUCAGGGAGCAUCAGGAACUGUUUAUACCGCCAUUGAUGUGGCUACCGGACAUGAGGUUGCUAUCAAACAAAUGAAUUUAUCACAACAACCGAAGAAGGAACUCAUCAUCAACGAAAUUCUUGUGAUGCGAGAAAACAAACACGCGAAUAUUGUGAACUAUGUCGACAGUUAUCUCGUGGGGGAAGAACUCUGGGUUGUAAUGGACUAUCUGGCUGGGGGUUCAUUAACAGAUGUCGUGACUGAAACAUGCAUGGACGAGGGGCAAAUAGCGGCUGUUUGUAGAGAGGUUCUGCAAGCAUUAGAGUUUCUCCACAGUAAUGGUGUCAUUCACAGGGAUAUAAAGAGUGAUAAUAUUUUACUUGGAAUGGAUGGCAACGUUAAACUAACUGAUUUUGGAUUUUGCGCCACGAUAACACCGGAACAAAGCAAACGGUCGACAAUGGUUGGGACACCUUACUGGAUGGCACCAGAAGUUGUGACGAGGAAGGCAUAUGGUCCUAAGGUUGAUAUAUGGAGUUUAGGAAUUAUGGCAAUCGAAAUGGUAGAAGGGGAGCCUCCAUACCUUAAUGAAAAUCCUCUCAGGGCGCUAUAUUUAAUCGCCACUAAUGGAACGCCAGAGUUGGCUCAUCCUGAAAAACUGUCACCUGUUUUCAAAGAAUUUCUAAGUUAUUCGUUAGAAAUGUCAGUCGAAAAGCGUUACAGCGCAAGACAACUUUUGCAGCAUCCAUUCCUAAAGAAUGCAAAACCCCUGGCAAGUCUUGUUCCAUUAAUUAUGGCUGCCAAGGAAGCCACACAAAGACAUUGAUCGUGUACCUCAGCACAAGAAUAUACUGACAAAAUAUAAUUCAUAUAUUCCACUGGUUCAAGAAAUUUACCAUGCGGACCCUAAUUUGAACGAAUGAGAAAUUACCAGAAAAUUUAUUAUAGUCAGUCAGUUUGAAUUCUCGCAACUUGUGCCUUCGAAAGAAUAAUAAUGCGAAUACAAUAGCGAGUUAUGAAUGCAAAUCCAUACCAGAAGAAUGGUUUCGCAGACAAAUUGAAUUCAAGAAACAUGAUUUAAAUUUCUUAAGGUUUAUCGUAAAAGAAAAAUAGUAGCUCUUUUAGAGAAUUUCACUUAUAAGUUUAAUAUAGGAUUUCGUUAACGUUUACAGGUUUGCAGUAGAAAUUGUAAAUAUAAAGAAGUGGUGAUUUCAUGUACAAAGAGUGCAGAUGAGGAUUCGUAUCUCCUUUUGUGAAACUCCACAUUUAACUAGAGCUGGACUUUCUCGUCCUAGACAUAAUUUAUGCGGAUAAUAAUUUGUUAGUGGUGUAAGCGCUGUGCACUGCCACAGUGAUCGAAUUAAGAUAAAGCAACAUUUUUAACCAUCCUGGUGAGUAUGUUGAAUCAUCGUGGAUUUUAUUACGUCCUUUGGACUGAAAGUCUCACUGUCGUGAGCCAGUCGGCCAGCCAAAAAAGGUAUAAUGACGUGCUGACUUUCAAAAGGUCUAUACACGUGAUAUAUAAGGGCUGCUUUCCAGUAACACGCGCAUGAAUCCAGGGUUGCGUACGAUUAGGCAUGUUUUGGUUAACUUAUUUGUAAUUGAAGCUGGGUAAUUGAAGUCAAAGCAAUCCUGGCUAUUGU